AUGGGCAUCCACACGGAAUGCCCUGCACCUCCAUGUUACCGGCUGUUUAUGAAUCUGGAUCAUGAUCCUGCUUGUUUUUUCCUUCUCCUCCUCCUUCUCGUUCCGCCAGUCAAGGCACAGUUUCAAGACCCGCCGCCGCCACCGUCGUCGUUGGAUCCUUUCACGAGGCUGAGGUUCGACAAGACCAUGGCUGCAGUUCUGGUUAUCCUCGUCGUGGUGUUCUUCGCGUUGGGAUUCGUCUCCAUCUACACGCGUCAAUGCGCGGAGCGGCGGAUCAGGGGGAGGCUCGACCUCGCGGUGGCGAUGACCGGAGGCAUAGAGCAGCGGCAGCACCACGGGCUCGACUCGGCGAUCGUGGACACGUUCCCGACGUUCGUGUACUCCGAGGUCAAAGCCCUAAAGAUCGGGAGGGCCACGCUGGAAUGCGCAGUGUGUCUUAAUGAGUUCCACGACGACGAAACACUGCGUUUGAUCCCCAGAUGUUGCCACGUGUUUCACUCGGAUUGCAUCGACGCGUGGUUGGUGAAUCACUCCAGUUGUCCCGUUUGCCGCGCCAACCUCGCACCCAAGCCCGAGGACGCGCCUCCUUCCCUUGAGAUUCACAUUCCGGACCCGGCCCGGCCCAAUGGGCCACAAGCAGAGGCCGAUUAUGAUCCCAAUUACAUCAACCCGGGCAAUGAAGGUGAAGGUGAACGAAACAGAACAGUUACCGAGCCUCCUAGUUUAGAUGAUCCCAACCGGACCCGUCCGGUUCGGUCUAGAUCUACCGGGUUUGCAAUUUCCAGGCUGUUUCCUCGAUCUCACUCAACGGGUCACUCGCUUGUUCGGCAGGGAGAAGACUGCGAGCGGUUUACACUGCGGUUGCCAGAAGAUGUGCGGAACCGGCUCAUGAGUUCUGGGACGCUGAACCGGACCAAGAGUUGUGGGGUGACGUGGCUGCGGCAGAGUAGUGGAAGGAGGGGUUACCGAACAAGGAGCGUGGGGAGAAGAUAUCUGCAAUACGAGCGGUUCGGUGAGGAAGGCCGGUUGGACCGGUGGGGGUUCAUGUGGACCCCACCGUUUUGGGGUAGGACCGGUUCGGGGAGAUCAUCAAAGUCAACGAGGAUGAAGGAUGAAGUGGACGUGGAAGAACGUUCCUCAGAACGCUUAUUUUCCAAGGAUUGA